AUGAGUGCCGAGCUCUUGCGAAUCUCUAAUCAACGAGCGGCCAUCACCGCACAGCGGGCUAUUCUGGACAAGCAGGAUUCCGCGUUGGCCUCACUCUGGAACACGUACCAACCUCUCAGUCGACUUCCUGCGGAGCUUCUUGUUGAGAUCUUCAUCGAGUACAGCUGGAAUAGAGGUACGCUCACCUCAGCCUGGAAAAGGCUGAGGCUUGUCUGUCGUCAUUGGGACGAAGUUGUCUGCGGGUCGCCCUCGUUGUGGCGCACGAUCGACGUUCAUACGAAUACACGCUGGCUGGCGCUAUGCCUCACUCGUUCCGUUCAGGCGACCCUCGACAUCACUUUCCAUCACGCGUCAAGGGACCUUUCCCUUGAGGAUUUCCAAACGACCAUAUCUCCUCACGCGGCUCGCAUACGUUCCCUGACCGUGCCCUACCUCCCCUGGUCGGAAACACCUUCCAACCUUUGCCCGAUAUUCGACUUCGAUAUGCCCGCCCUCGAGACCGUAGAGUUCAAGGCACCUCUCCCUGAAGCUUCCGAGCUCCACCUCUCUCACCAACGCCAUCCACAUGUUCAACGACUUUCUUUGGAAUGCGUGUGUCACCCUGUGGAUCUCCAACUCCUGUCCCAUCUACGCUCCCUCUCGAUCUCCACAUGCCGCGAGGCCUUUCGGGUGGACGAGUUUCUCCAUGCUCUAGCGUCGAGUUCCCGCCUUGAAGAGUUAUUUCUACACAACUUUCUUCGUGGGCUCAUCGGCGAUUUCCGUUCCCCCUCGGAUUCGUCCAGGAAACCGAUCAAAUUAGCCUCGCUCGUUCUCCUCCACAUCGCGGAGAAGAGUGUCCCCAUCAUCUCGAUGUUCGUAUCACAUCUGUGUCUCUCGACCAACGCCAAAAUUGACUUGUCUUGCGCAACCGGAGACGAGGAGGGGGAAGGCCUUCUAGGUGGCUCGCUUUCCGGCUUUCUACCUCCGACCGCCCAUCGUGCGGCAUUUGCUCCGCUCCUCAGCUCUUUAACAGUAACAUACAUCUCCCUUGCUGCUGAGGCCUUGGAAGACGACUCCAUGGGCCUCGAGCACGGCAUGGCAGACUUACUCGACAUAUUCGACGCCACUUCGUACAAUGGGCAUCUUUCCAUCACCGGCAUCGAGGAGAACGCCCCAGCCGAUAUUUGGGACCACCUGUUCGAGUCUUUUCGGGUGUUGAAGUCCCUCUCCCUCUCGCCAGUGGGGCCUCAAAAUGGGAUGCCGUUGUGCUGGAUCGCGCGUAGUGAUUUAUACGGCGACGAUACGGACUCUAACUCGGAGGCAACGACCUUCAUUCGAUGUUAG